AUGAAUCAAGAAACACCGGGCCAAACCCACGAAACGCCCAGCCCAAAUAGCUCUCAUGUUGGCGCCGAUAAUGUCGAGGCCGGGCGAGGAGGUGAUGCCUUCCAGCGGUUGCCUAUCGACGUAAUACAAAAAAUACUUUACACCGUCGAUGCCAAUGCCUUUGCUUCCCUCACCGUCUUAAAUCAACAAUGGAGAAAGGCGUCCGAUAUUCCCGAACUCUACGCACACCACAUAUCUCGCUGUCCCCUUUUCGCCGUGUCGUCAAGUACUAUCGAUAAUAUCACAAACCCCCAAAAUUUCAAAAAGCUGAAAAAAAUGUUCGCUCGGGAAAUGCGCCGCAACGCGUUUGACAUUUUCUUGCGCCCCCGUACGACGCAUGUCUCAUUGAUAUCAAGCUGUGUUGGGUCGGCUACAGCACUACCGAUUGGCGAGGCCUUGAAGUUCUCGUUCUCCGCAAACGGCCACAUCCUUCUUUGUCUCAGCUCUUCCCGGAUAUGUGUUAUAGACCUGGUAUCGCCCCAGAUAAAAGUAUUGCAUGAGCUGAAGACCACGCGCAUGCCUUUGGCCGCCACUAUCCUUGAUGAUGGCCGUGUUCUUGCUGUUGUUUCAAAUUGUCACCAGGUGAACAUAUACCAUCUAUCAGAUCGCGAAGCAAAACACGUUCAGGUUUUGCCAUUAAAUGAAGUGCCCCGCGCUCUCGCUCUUGCACCAAACGGAAACGUACUUGGCAUCGCCUAUGAUGGAAGUAUAGAGGUAUAUGCUUUGGGAGAAAACAUUCUCUCUACCCAAAGAAGAGCUGUUCGAUGCGGAAAGGUUGAUGAAUUAGCCUUCUCUUCGGAUGGAGCAUUCCUGCUUGGGUCCUCGCUCUCUCAUCCCGGAGGGGGGUUUGUUACAAUCACAGCCCCGUUCCCGUCCGACUCAAUGGUGGAUGUUAGCGAUUACCAAACCCAAAUAUGGACAACACAAAUUCUGUUUCCAGAUUUAGUGUCUGGAUACGGCCACGUCACGAUGUUUCCGAACCUCGUUGGUGACGAUGAUAACUGGAUCAUCGGAUUUGAUAACACUUCACAUGCGUUCCGAGCAGUCCGAGCAAAUGACUCAAGAACAGGGGCAAUAUACUUUCCUGGGCCAGCGUCAGCGGGCGGACUGCAAGAAUAUCCGCCAUCCCUCAGUCCGACUAUAGAUCCAAAUGGCGAGCUCGUGGCUUUGGCCUUUCGCGGAGGUGGGCUAUGGCUUUAUGGGAUACCUGAUGAUAUGAAUGUGUUGCCAUUAGAAGAAAAUGGAACACUGGGGGUCAACGGUACCAGAAUAUUUAGGCAUUCCCCGCAAAUCACAUCGCCAAGCAACCUGGAUGACGAAACUGUCUCAACACGGCUGAAGCGGACUCUCAACCAACCAUCCUUAAUGGUCCAAGGACACAAGAUUGCCGAUAUUCCGGGUCUCACAGCCGCCCACUGGGUCACGCAGCGACAAAUCUCAGACAAUGUUAGUUCGGCCCGCCAUAGACUGGUUGUAGUCGCUCCAGGUGGUGUAACGUCGGCUUCCUUGGGAGACGAAGCUAUACCAGUGGAUGGAGGAAGGCUAUCUAUAUUCGAUUUCGAACCAUCCAUCAAGGACGGCGACACUGUGGAGCUGACGAUUGAACUUGGAGAGGCAGAACCUCUUGUUCUCAAAGAGCAAAAUGCAAACCUUGAACAGGAAGUUGAGCUCGAAAGGAGGAGAACUCGAAUGCACCGCGGCCCAGUUGGCACACCAAGGCAGAACAUAGCCGAACGAUCGGCUGCUUCUCGGCAGUCCUUUCCAGCAUCUACUAGUUUUCACAAGUAUAGCAACAGUAACGGCAACCAGCGUGGCAGCCGCUCGCAGGUAAGAUCGCCUGCAGCAGAAAAUGAAAUUGGCGAUGUCACAUUAUUCCUUGAUGGGCCGUACAGCAACACCGCGCCCCGUUCAGGAGAUACUAUACGACGAGCAGCUACGGCCGCAGCAAGCAACAGGAGAGCUCAGCAUCGAACUAGAGAACAGGAUCGUCGUCCUGUUGUUCCGGUUUUGCAAAUUCCACAUGAAAGCGAUGCAGACAACUGGGUCCCUCCACCGCCACCAUAUUCUCGGAAUCCCGACGAGCCGCUCCCUGAGCAUUUAAGACAACUACUUCUCCCUACAAUGACAGCGCCUCCAGGCGGAGUUAUGGAGGAUGUUCCCCAACAAGUACGAAGAGUGCAUACCAACCAAGGCACUCAACCCGAACGGACGAGCUCCAAUUUCAUCUCACGACGUUGGAGCAUUCGGAGACCAACAACAGCAGUCAAUGGCGAGACAACUAGACGUCGACUGAGUUUCCGGCAGUCCUCCGUUCCCCAGGUACUCCCAUCCGCAUCUCCAACCAUGCAAAGGGAAAAUCGCCCGGGCUCUCGAGGUCGUCUUUCUCUGUCCGGAAUGGCGCUUCAAGCGCGCUUGAAUCACCCGGUUCCCCCAGUCCCCGGGACAGAAAGUGAAAUCCAGACUUCGUCAAUCUCCCAACAGUCCCCAGGUCCGGUUCAAGAGGCAAAUAGGCCAAUUACAUCGUCUGCAGGAACUCAAACUGUGGGAGUUCAGACUACAGGGGUUCAAAGGAAGCCUUCACGGGCUACUAGGCUGUUUACCGGAAAUUUUCGAAAAAGCAGUAAAAAGCCAUCUCCUAAUAGUCCCCAGAUGGACAGGGGCGGGUCUAUUGCAAGGAAUAUAACGUUCUCUCGUUCAUCACCAAACCUGGCUUUCGGACGUGCGGCGGCACUCCAGCGAAUGUCCACUAUAUACAGCAACUCAUCACGCCCUAAUGAUCAGGUAGGCGUGUCACGCACCCGCUCUCGGUCUGAAACAGUACAGCCUCCAGCGAGACUCACAGAGUCUGCUUUGCGUACGGCAUUGCAAAGCCAAAGCGCCCAAAGUAUGCCCAGCCAGCAGCCGCAAUCACGUCUUCAACAUGUGCAAGUGCCGGAAAAUUCUCCUUUGGAAGCUGGCUGGCAACACCCAGAUUCUUCAGAAACAGAUGCAUGGCGAAUGCGAAUCGCCGAGUGGAAUCAGAACACUAUCGACGAGAGGAGACGAAGCAAGACCAAACCCGGAAGAUGCAUUGUUAUGUGA